AUGCGCAUGAAAAAAACAUUUUUGGUAUUCGACAAUGAUUUCAACAGUGAGAACCGACCGCUGCUUCAGGAUGAAGACUCUGAUGAUGACUGGGCACAGGCGCGAUCCAGUCAGCAGUUCAACAUAGUGAGAAGAGUUUAUCAACAAGAUAUACUUAAUAAAGAUGCUGACUAUCAAGUACCAGAGAAGCCAUUGCGAUAUCAAUGCAAGAAGGUAGUGAACAACUGCGGAUUCGGAGAAUGUAUCGUGAACUCCCUGCCGAUAGCAAGAUGGCUGCCGAAGUACAGUUUCAAACGAGACCUGGUGGGAGACCUAGUCGCCGGGGCUACUACAGCUGUGAUGCACAUACCCCAAGGCAUGGCGUAUGCGUUACUAGCAGAAGUUCCGCCCAUCGUCGGCCUGUACAUGGCAUUCUUUCCAGUGCUGGUAUACGUGGUCUUCGGGACCUCGCCCCAUGUCUCCAUGGGGACUUUUGCUGUCGCCUGUCUGAUGGCGGGAAAGGUAGUCACUCAACACGCAACAAUGCAUAUGGACUUAUCAAAUUCAACAGACAUAAAUUCAGUGGCAACCCUGGAUGCAGUACAGUACACGCCACUACAAGUACUCAGUAUAGUGUGCCUCUCUGUCGGAAUAUUUCAGAUGUUGAUGUGGAUGCUGCGACUUGGUGCGGUGUCGUCUCUGCUGUCGGAGCCGCUGGUGUCAGGAUUUACCACGGCAGCUUCCUUCCACGUCCUCGCUUCUCAGCUCAAGGAUCUGUUCGGGGUCAAGAUACCCAAGCUCUCCGGGAACUAUAAAGUCAUUUUUACAGUGGUGGAAGUGAGCAAGAACCUACCGAACUUGAAUGUAGCCGCAGUGAUCAUCUCCGUCAUCACCUGCUUCAUCAUCGCAUUCAACAACGAACUGCUCAAGCCAUGGGUGAGCAAGCGAAGCCGCGUGCCGGUGCCUAUAGAGUUACUGGCCAUAGUUAUAGGCACUAUUGUAUCCAAGUUCUGUGGUUUGGAGGAGCAGUACGGCAUCAAUCUGGUCGGAAACAUACCCACUGGACUGCCAGUACCUCAAGUGCCACCAGUUGAGCUGUUCCCCAGCAUAGCCAUCGACGUGUUCACAAUCACCAUAGUGACCUAUACCAUCACCAUGUCCAUGGCGCUGAUCUUCGCGUCCAAGGAGAAAUACGAGAUCGACGCCAACCAGGAACUCUUAGCUUUGGGUGCUAGCAACGUUUUUGGUUCGUUCUUCUGCUGUGCACCGUUCUGUGCCAGCUUAUCCAGAUCUUACAUACAAUAUCAGGCUGGCAGUAAAACCAACAUAACCUCACUGGUGUCAGCCCUGCUCAUCCUCUGCGUGUUGCUGUGGGUAGGGCCGUUCUUCGAGCAGCUACCAAGAUGUGUCCUGGCCAGCAUCAUAGUCGUGUCCCUCAAAGGGAUGUUCAUACAAGUGAAGGAGUUACCCAGGUUCUGGAAGUUAAGCAAACUGGACGCCGUGGUGUGGCUGGUGACCUUCCUAGUUACUGUUCUCGUCAAUAUCGACAUUGGACUUGGCGCGGGCCUGGCGGCGAGUGUUGGGGCACUAUUCUGCCGCUCCCAGAAACCCUACACUUGUCUCCUGGGCCGUAUAUUAAAUACGGACCUCUACUUAGACAUAAAGCGGUAUCGGGCGGCCGAGGAGUUGCCAGGAAUCAAGAUCUUCCACUACUGCGGAGGUCUGAACUUCGCCAGCAAGAACCUGUUCCGUUCCACGCUCUUCCGGAAAAUCGGUUACAUGAAACCGGCAGAGGUCAGCCACGACGAGGACAACAAUCUCACCAAGAGCGAGUCGUACGAGUGGGACCCCACUAUUGGGAAUAGAGUGCAGUGUGUAAUAGUGGAUGCUACGGCGUUAUCAUAUGUGGAUGCCCCAGGGAUCAAAACCCUGGUUGCUGUGCAGCGUGAGCUUGUAGCUAGCAACAUCACGGUACUGCUAGCUGGCGCCAAUGGCCCAGUUCUAGAAAUGAUCGAGAGGUAUAACACCCUGGAGUCGGAUAGACUCCAACUGGACACGUUCCCGACUGUCCACGAUGCAGUUGUGUACUACAAAGUUUUGGAGGGAAAGCGACAAGACGCCACCGCCACUGUCACUAUGGCGUGACAAUACUCCCCCUAUUAAUUGGUAGAAACAGAAGUAGAAAUGCGUCAAGACGUUACCGCUGUCAAAAUGACGUGACAAUACAAUAAAAUUGGUAGAAACAGAAACUAUGGUAGAAAUAAAAAUGGAUUACACUUCGCUCAUACUGAGGCGAAACGCACGGGACGCGAGCAUAUUAGUGUGUUUAUUAGCUAGAAUAUUAUUUUAGCCGGAAAUAAGAUAAAAUUAAAUUGGAAAGAGAAAAAGGAACUUGAUAAUAAUGCACAAAUAUAAUAGAUUCGCUCUUUCGCGAUUUAACGACCGUUUAUUGUUAUUUUUUUAUUGAAUACCCAUUCAUAAAUUGGUAGAAACAGAUGGUAGA